AGACAUGCCGUGUCGCUGAAUGGGUGACGAGCACCCAGUCACCUACCAGCCACGAACCCCUUGAAGCCACCGUCCCAUCUCAUCGUGCGGGACAGGGUCCCCCAGCAAAGUGGCAGUGAUGUACCAGGAGGUGGCCUUCCUGGCUGGAAGCACCGAGCAGCAGUUCACCCCCUUCCACUUCAAGCAGGUGGAGAACCCGCAGGAGGUGGAAAGCAAGAAGGGUUUGUUCUACAAGCGAGCCCAGCUGCUGCCCCAGGCUCAGCCCCGCCAGCAGGACGGGGACGAGAUCGACCUCGGUGACGGGGCGGCCGUCAUCAACGUGGGGGGGAUCAAGUACCGCAUCCCCUGGUCCACGCUGGAGGAGUUCCCCCUGACGAGACUGGGCAAGCUGCGCGGCUGCAGCAGCGAGGCCGAGAUCAUGGACUUGUGCGACGACUACGACGUCAGCCGCAACGAGUACUUCUUCGACCGGAGCCCGUCGGCUUUCCGCACGAUCGUCUCUUUCCUGGCGGCGGGGAAGCUGCGGCUGCUGAGGGAGAUGUGCGCCCUGUCCUUCCAGGAGGAGCUGCUGUACUGGGGGGUGGAGGAGAACAACUUGGACUGGUGCUGCCUCAGGAAGCUGCGGCUCAGGCAGGAGGAGUACAAGGAGCUGCAGCGGUUGGAGGAGGAGGAGGAGGCCGAGCUCACCUCGCCGCAGUCCUGCGAGGAGAGCCUGCAGUCCCCCGGAGCAGGGCCGCAGGAAGACGCCCAAACGGGGGGCUGCAUGCGAAGGCUUCGGGACAUGGUGGAGAACCCCCACUCAGGCCUGCCGGGGAAGAUCUUCGCCUGUCUGUCGGUGAUAUUUGUAGCCAUCACCGCGGUGACGCUGUGCGUCAGCACCAUGCCAGACCUCAGGGAGGAGGAGGAGAGGGGCGAGUGCUCCCAGAGGUGCUACAACAUCUUCGUGCUGGAGACGGUGUGCGUCGCCUGGUUCUCCCUGGAGUUCACGCUGCGCUUCAUCCAGACGCCGAGCAAGUGCACGUUCCUGCGAACGCCUCUCAACGUCAUCGACGUGGUGGCCAUCCUGCCCUACUACGUCACCCUCAUCGUGGACUCUGUGUCGGUGGGAGGGAAAUCCGCGGGCUCCGGGAACAACUACCUGGAGAAGGUGGGCUUGGUUCUCCGAGUCCUGCGAGCCCUGCGCAUCUUUUACGUGAUGAGGCUGGCCCGCCACUCCCUGGGCCUGCAGACGCUCGGCCUGACGGUGAGGCGCUGCACGCGGGAGUUCGGCCUGCUGCUGCUCUUCCUCUGCGUCGCCAUGGCUCUCUUCUCCCCGCUGGUGUUCCUCGCCGAGAGCGAGCUGGGCGCCAAGCAGGAGUUCACCAGCAUCCCCGGUAGCUACUGGUGGGCCGUCAUCUCCAUGACGACGGUGGGCUACGGCGACAUGGUGCCCAGGAGCAUCCCCGGCCAGGUGGUGGCGCUCAGCAGCAUCCUGAGCGGCAUCCUCCUCAUGGCCUUCCCCGUCACGUCCAUCUUUCACACCUUCUCGCGCUCGUACCUGGAGCUGAAGGAGGAGCAGAUCCGGGCGCUGAGGCAGAAGCCGGACUCGCAGGACAGCACCAAGUCGCAGAACAGCGAGGACUCUCAGGAGACGGACAGCUACCACGGCGUCGCGGAGGCCGCGGCCACGUCCAUGCGGCGGAGGAAGUCCAUGGCCGCUCGCAGGGCCGCUGAGAUUAAAGCGGCCAUGAAAAGUUAGCCGGACUCCGCUCGUCUGCCUGCGUUCGAGUGGCGGGACGUCCGAAAAGCUGCAGGACCGAGAGGAGAUGUCCUCCUUCUGGAGAUGGAGGUCUCGGCGUGAAGCGCUUGUGCACCGAGUCUCUCAAGUUUUACAGAGGAAGCUGCAGAAUUGAGAUAGAAUUCAAGUCCAUUAAAGAACCAGUCAGGGCAGACAGGAUUCUCACUGACUUGAGGUCAGUCUGACGCCACAAAAACAUCCACAAGUUGUUUUUCAGACCUCACAUUUAUGAAUAAUGUUCCUCGUGUAGCUGCAUUUGAGAGGAUUGUCUGAAAUAAAGGUGUUUGCUGAG